AUGUCUCUCAGAGAUCGAUUUCUCAAUCUCAGCAUGCACGAUCGCGCCCAAACCGUGAACCUGCCGCUGAUCACGACGCCACCAGAGGACAAUGAUAUGGUGUUGAGCGAACUCAAAGGCGACCCGAAGCCAUUGCUACGGACGAAUGACAACUGCGCCUCAGACGCCGAAUAUGUCAUCCCACAGCAGGAUGCCUCGUUAUGUCGCAUUUAUCGCUACACCCCAAUCCCGACUAUCGUCGUUGACGCGAACCUAUCCAUAGUGGAAGUGUCCGACAGUCACCUCGCCCUCUCGGGUCAAUCCAGGGAUACGUUGCUCAAUACUUGCAUAUGUGAUCUCUCCCCUUCCAUAAUCCCUGUGCCGGAUAUUGCAUCCUUAUAUGGUGCGAUACGAGCGGCUAUCUCAACGAAAGAAAUCCAGUUGAUUGAAGAUGUUCAUCUCCGUGAUAAGAAGUCGUACUUUCGACUUCAGGUUACACCAAUCUAUCAAGGCCGGACAUUAAUAUAUAUAGUUUUCGAGGCGCAUAAGGACACCAGAGACCAUUCAGAUACCCACGAUAUACACCAUGCAUAUGUGAAUGAAACGUACAAAAUAUUGGUGGACACCGUUAAAGACUAUGCUAUCUUCAUGCUGGAUACCCGUGGCAACAUUACAACUUGGAAUCCCGGCGCUGCUAUCAUGAAGGGAUAUUCUGCCUCGGAGAUCAUCGGUAAGCACUUCUCAGUGUUUUACAGUCCCGAAGAUCGGCGGAAUGAUAAACCCGGGAGGGGCUUGGUGGUUUGUUUGCGGGAUGGAAGGAUGGAGGAUGAAGGCUGGCGCUACCGUCAAGAUGGUUCUCGAUUCUGGGCCAACGUUAUGAUGACCCCUGUUUACGAGUUUGGCCGUCAUGUUGGAUUCGUGAAAGUGACGCGUGAUCUGACAGAACGGAAGGCGGCUGAGGGGCGUCUGAUCGCAGCUUUCGAAGAAUCAUCAAGACUCAAGACUGACUUCUUGGCUAACAUGAGUCAUGAGAUUCGGACGCCAAUGAACGGCAUGCGGCUUGCGUUGUCUAUGCUGACAGACACCGAGCUCGAUAGCAACCAACGUGAAUAUGCAUCUAUUGUCGAGGAUUCUACUUCCGUGUUGCUACAGAUCAUCAACGAUAUCCUUGAUUACUCGAAGCUAUCCUCAGGGUCAUUCUCCCUAACAUCGGACAUUGUGGAUGUUGCCAGCAUCGUGGGCGCAGUUGCGCGAAACUGUAAAUCUUGUUUAAAACCAGGCGUCACCCUCAGCUGUUCCAUUCCGCCCAACUUUCCUCAAGCACUGCGUGGAGAUCCUCUACGAUAUCGCCAAGUACUCCAGAAUCUUGUUGGCAAUGCGGUCAAAUUCACAGAGAAGGGGGAUGUCAAAAUAUCUACGUCAUUCGCUGUAGACGCCCAGGAUCCAACGAUGUACAAUAUAUCGACGGAAGUAGUCGAUUCGGGGGUUGGUGUACCUGGAAGUGCGCUCAACACCUUGUUCACGCCAUUCACACGGUUUGCGGAUUCGACGAGACGGAGAUACCAAGGGACAGGGCUCGGUCUCUCUAUCUGCAAAAGCCUAGCGGAACUUAUGAAUGGAAGUGUAGGCUAUCGGCCGAAUCCGGAUGGACCGGGUAGUGUAUUCUGGUUCACGGCUAAAAUGGGGCGGACGGAUACGCGAGUUCCAGUCAAGAGUUCUGGCGUGCUCCCUGCUGACAGCCCAGAAAAUCUUAUCAAAAAGCUGAGAGAGGUCGCGCCCCGCAAACAUAUUCUGCUUGUGGAGGAUAACUUGGUGAACCACAUGGUAAUGCUCAAGCUCCUGCAGAGUUUUGGGUUCGAGCGGAUUGAUGCUGCCUGGGAUGGCGCAGAGGCCGUCAGGCUAGUGAAACAAACGCCACUCUCGUACAAUGCAGUACUGAUGGAUAUCAGCAUGCCGGUUCUAGAUGGUCUGGAGGCGACAUCUCAGAUCCGGAGUAUGAAGAUCGAUGUGCCUAUCAUUGCGCUCACUGGCAAUGCUUUGAAAGGCGACGCUGAAACCUAUCUAGCCAAGGGCAUGAACGACUAUUUGGGAAAGCCUGUGCAUCGCAAUCACCUUAUACAGGUGCUUUGGAAAUGGCUAGGCACAUGA